AUGUAUCGUGUAGUAAUUGCAGGAGCAGGAACAGGCUCCAUGACUUUCUGCGGACAACUAAUCAGAAGUGGUAAAGUAAAACCUUCUGAAAUAGCUGUAUUUGAUCCAGCUCCUUAUCACUACUACCAGCCAGGUUUCACAAUGCUAGCUGGAGGACUUAUGGGAGACGUUGACCGACUAUCUCAUCAGAUGAAAUAUGUAGCUAGAGAAACAAGAUCUUUAUUCCACCCAGAUGUUAUACUUUUCUUUCUUACUCCCCCUCCGUGAGUGAACAAAACCAUUAGAAAAACCCCCUAUUUUUUGCCCUCCGUGAGUGCAUAAAAAAUGUUUUAAUAGAAAACAUUUUUAUGAAAAAAAAAUAUACUUAUUUACCAAGAAUAGCCCACUAAGGAGCAUUUUUUGGUUGGCCGAACAAUAACUGGCUUGCCAAAUUCGUUGGCAUGCCAUAUUUUCUGGCUAACCAAAUUAAGAAUGGCGAACCAAAAAAUGCUCCUUAGUGGGCGAUUCUUGGUAAACAGGUAUAUAUAUAUAUAAGUGAUAAUUAGUAUAAUGAAUCUCGAGCUAAUUCUGUUUAAUUUUAAACAAAUUGCGUUUUUUAAAACAUAAAUUUUAUAAAUUAAAUUAAUAUUUGCUUUCCAAUUUUUGCGAAUUAGGAUUUUUUUAAAUUUCGAACAAAAACUUCCAUAAAAUUUAUUUAUAUAUAAAUGUUUUAAAAACAAAAUUAACCCCUUUCGUGAGCGAACAAGUUUUUUUGUUCGCUCACAGGAGGGGGAAUUAGCAAAGGAUAAUUAUUAUUAAAUUCAUUUUUGGGUUAUUCUUGAAAAAUAUCAUAACUUUAUCUCCAAACCUGUGACUGGAUUUUUCCCUAACUCAAAUAAAAUAGGGGUUGAUGGGAGUGAAAUAUCCUACGAACAUUUAGUUGUUGGUAUAGGCCUCUCAAUAGAUUAUAUACCUUUUCUAAUUAGGCUAAUUUAUAGGCAUCUCUAGCUAAAAUGAAUGAUGGCAAUUAGUGUAUCAAGCGAAAUAAGAUAAUAAAAUCCCAGGACUUUAUGAAGCUUUAGAAGAUGAAAACUCCCCAGUGGGCACAAUAUACCAAUAUAAGUACUGCUUAAAAACAAACAGACUUGUCAACAAAUUUAAAGGAGGUCAAGCUAUCUUCACUCAGCCUAAUCAGCCAUUCAAAUGUGGAGGAGCUCCACAAAAGAUUAUGUAUUUAGCUAUACCUUGACAUAUAAAUCCCAUUUAUUCUUUAAUACAAACUCUUUCUAACUAUUUAUUGUCAUCCCCAUAAUUCAGUUUGGAACAAAACUGGUGUCAGAGAUAAAACUGAUAUACAUUUUUAUAUUCCCCCAGCUCAAAUUUUUGGUGUCCAGACCUAUGCUCAAGAACUAGAAAAAAUUGCAAAAGAAAAAGGUUGCAAUGUGCAUUACCAACAUUUACUAACUAAGGUAGACCCUACCAGAAAUGAAGCUACUUUUAAGAAAGGGACCGAAGAAAUGAUAGUAAAAUACGAUUUUCUUCAUACUGCACCACCUCAGGGCGCACCAAAAGUGCUGCAAGGUUCUCCUAUUUCAAACGAAGCUGGCUAUGUAGAUGUCAAUCCUAAUACACUAAGACACAAUAAGUAUGGAAAUAUUUGGGCAAUAGGUGAUUGUAGUGCUGAAGAAUUUUAUUUAGGACCAAACUCCUUAUGUGAUUUUCUCUAUAAAUAAAUAUAACAAGAAAUAUAAGUCUAAAUUUACCAAAUAUUUUUAUAGGCCUUUGCAAAAAUAUAUACAUGAUUGUACAAGUUGCCCGACUUCUAAAACUGCAGCUGCAGCUAUCGGAGAAGCUCCAGUUCUGGUUCACAACCUUGGCAAAGUUCUAGAUGGUGCUGAGCCAAAUGCAAAGUAUGAAGGAUACACUUCUUGUCCUAUUUUCUUAGGUGAUAAUAAGUUGAUGCUUUGUGAAUUCAAAUACCAAGGUCAGCCUGAUGAAACAUUUGGAAAUCAGAAUACUCCAAGCUCGCUUGCGUAUUAUUUGGUAAAGACUUUCUUGCCAAGAGUUUAUUUCACACUAUUGCCAAAGGGUGUGUGGUAUGGAAGAAAUUCCAUUUUUAAACCUAAAUUCGAAUAA